GUCAUUUGCCUUCUGUCGCCACAUCGCAAUAUCUGCGGCUCACUCGCGAGGCAGCGUUUCGUACACCAGGUCUAUCGUGGGCAGAUGAAGAUGGUUCAAGCCCGGCGCGGAACAUUGUUGGUGGACGGGAGACACGGAAAAUGAACACCUACCAAGCUGUUCGGGAUGCAAUGAGUGUUGCCAUGAUGAAGGACGAUACUGCAGUAGUCUUCGGUGAAGAUGUUGCCUUUGGCGGUGUGUUCAGGUGCACAAUGGGUCUCGCUGAAGAAUUUGGUCGGGAACGUGUCUUCAAUACACCAUUGACCGAGCAAGGUAUUGCUGGGUUUGCAAUUGGUCUUGCUUCCAUGGGCCAGACUGCCAUUGCAGAGAUCCAGUUUUCAGAUUACAUAUUUCCCGCCUUUGAUCAGAUUGUCAAUGAAGCUGCCAAGUUCCGCUAUCGUUCCGGGGGCCAGUUUAACGUCGGGAAAUUAACCAUCCGCACACCUACCAUGGCUGUCGGGCAUGGUGCCUUAUACCACUCUCAGAGCCCUGAGGGCUUUUUCAUGGGCGCAUCAGGACUCAAAAUUGUCAUUCCACGUUCUCCCAUUCAAGCCAAAGGCCUACUUCUAUCAUCGAUCCGGGAUCCAAAUCCAGUCAUAUUUAUGGAGCCAAAAAUACUAUAUAGAUCUGCAGUGGAACAGGUACCCAUAGACGAUUAUGAAUUACCUAUCGGACGAGCUGAAACGCUGACGGCAGGUUCAGACCUGACUGUUCUUACAUGGGGCACUCCAGUGUACCAUUGCGAGGCCGCUUUGCAUAUGCUUGCUGACCCACCAUCCUCUCUCGAACGCUUAAUUCCACCAUCGCUGCGAUCCGCUAAGAUUGAGCUUAUAGAUCUGCGGACGAUACUUCCAUGGGACGUCGACACUGUCACUGAAAGCGUCAGCCGUACAGGAAGAUUAGUGAUAGUUCACGAGGCUAGCCAGACGGCCGGCGUUGGAGCAGAAAUUGCUGCUGAGGUUCAGAAACGAUGUUUCUUGAAACUCCAUGCACCAGUUAAGAGGGUGACAGGUUGGGACGUGCCUGUGGGAUGUCAGUAUGAGAAGUUUAUCAUUCCCGAUUCCCUUCGCAUACUUGAUGGCAUUAUGGAAUCCCUUAAUUACUGAAGGAUUUCAUGACUCUCACCUGAGCAAAUGGUAUAGGGAUAGUGUAAGAAAGACGGGUUACGUGUUACAAUGAAUGGUGCGCUCCACAACGAUCUGCUAGUCUUAUGCUAGCAACUGCAGUCCAUCGAGAAUAUACAGCUUAUAUAUUGAUCGGCAACCGUUCAGUUGUGCUGAUGGAAUGUAAUGCAUAUUAUACACAAGCCACCAGGACUACGCAUUUACACGACAAGU